AUGGCAUCUGCUCUCACUGUCCUCUUCCUCAGCUGCUGGCUGGCCGGGCACAGCGGCGUGUGGGGAGGGCAUGAAUUUCUCAAACCCACCGUCUGGGUGAGCCCCAGCAGGGUGGUGGCACUCGGGGGAAACGUCACCAUCUGCUGUGAGGGUUUGUACCCGGGCAUGGAGUUCUUUCUGCGUAAAACUGGACAACUGAACCCGCAGAGGCAGCCAGUGCCUGAUGGGACCGUGGCUGAAUUUCCCAUCGCCAGUGUCGGCCGGGAAGAUGGAGGGAGCUACACCUGCGACUAUCGCUCCAUAACGGAACAGAAUCGCACAUCGCAUCCCAGCGACUCCGUCGAGAUCAUUGUUGGAGAGCCCAACUACACCAAACCCACCAUCUCCAUGACACCCAGCAAAGAGGUCCCCCUGGGGCGAUCUGUGAGCGUCUGGUGUCAGGGGCAGGGCCAGGGAGUGAAGAUCGUGCUGAAUAAAGAUGGACGUUAUUUCUCACCUGUGGAUUCGGAUGGAUCGAAGGUUGUGUUUUCCGUCAGCAAUGUGAGCCGGGAGGAGGGCGGGAGUUACAGCUGCUCCUAUUACAGCAAAUUGGAGCCUUUCGCCGUGUCGUACCCCAGCGACCCCGUGGAGCUGGUGGUGAGAGAUCCCAACUUACCCAGACCCUCCAUCUCUCUGAGCCCCACUGGGGUCACCGCCCCAGGGGCAGACGUCACCAUCCGGUGUCAGGGGCAGCGCUGGGACGUGAGGUUCUUCCUGCACAAGGCUGGAGACCUGAACCCGCCGCGACACAUGGACCCUGCUGGGGCCGGGGCCGAGUUCCGCAUCCCCACCGUGGGCCUGCAGCACAAAGGGAAAUACAACUGCAACUACCGGCUCCAAUCACAGCCCUUCGUCUCCUCGGAGCCCAGCGACUCAGUGGAGCUGGUGGUAGCAGAUCCCAGCUUACCCAGACCCUCCAUCUCUCUGAGCCCCACUGGGGUCACCGCCCCAGGGGCAGACGUCACCAUCCGGUGUCAGGGGCAGCGCCGGAAUGUGACGUUCUUCCUGCACAAGCCUGGAGGCCUGAACCCGCAGCAACACAUGGACCCUGCUGGGGAUGGGGCCGAGUUCGGCAUCCCCACCGUGGGUCGGCAGCAUGGAGGGAACUACACCUGCAGCUACCGGCUCCGAUCAGAGCCCUUCAUCUCUUCAGAGCCCAGUGACCCCAUGCAGCUGGUGGUAGCAGAGCCCACUCUGCCCAAGCCCAUCAUCAGCCCCAGUGGGGAGGUCUCCCUGGGGGGAGCUGUGUCCGUCCAGUGUUGGGGGCAGGGCCCGGGCGUGCGGAUCGUGCUGAAUAAAGGGGGACGCCAUGUUGCACACGUGGAUUCGGAGAAGUUGAAAUUUCUGUUUCCCAUCAACAACGUGCGCCGGGAGCAGGGCGGGAACUAUAGCUGCUCCCAUCACAGCAGGUCGGAGCCGUUCGUCAGGUGGAGCGAGUCUGUGGAGCUGGUGGUGAGAGAUCCCAACUUACCCAGACCCUCCAUCUCGCUGAGCCCCACUGGGGUCACCGCCCCAGGGGCAGACGUCACCAUCCGGUGUCAGGGGCAGCGCCAGAACGUGACCUUCUUCCUGCACAAGGCUGAAGACCCGAGCCUGCAGCAACACAUGGACCCUGCUGGGGAUGGGGCCGAGUUCCACAUCUCCACCGUGGGCCGGCAGCACGGAGGGAACUACAGCUGCAGCUACCGGCCCCGAUCAGAGCCCUUCAUCUCCUCACAGCCCAGCGACUCCGUGCAGCUGGUGGUAGCAGGGUAAGGACCAGCCCCGAGACAGAGCAGAUGAGACCCCAGCUCUGCUUCCCACCCCAAACUACCUGCCCUAGGAUUCAGGACUCCUGGGUUCUCUCCCCGGCUUGGGAUGGGAAGUGUUGUCCAGUGGUUACACCAGGGGGGCGAGGAGUUUUUAAUGUUGUAUUUUUUAGUUAUUUUCCUAACAUAGGUUGAUUCUCAUUAGUUGAUAACCAUUAAAAAUGUUGAAUUGCAACUAAAUAUAGUUUUAACACUGAAUUUGGUGCUUUUUCUUUUGCUAACUAUGAUGGCAAACUAUAUCUAUCCACGUUGAUUG